AUGUACAGUGGAAGUUAUCGGCGUCUACGGAACAUUCCUCUCGUCAAGGCAGUGCUGGAACAUCCGCGCCAAAGGUUCAGCUACAACGGUAGCCGCCACCACUUGUGUCCUUGGGCGGAUGUCCUCAAUUCCUGGACAGGCAUGCAGGUGCAUGGUUGGCAGCUGUCUCAUCACAGUGUCUGCCGUAAACUUUAUACGAGGCUACUUGACAUUCAUGAAAUGAGACUUCUCUACCCUAGAAGGAUGCUGGCCAACGAUCCAUCAGUCGUACGCAGAGUAUUCUUCUCAACGGAAUUCGGACUUCACUACGUGCUCAAAAAUAAAAUUCCCUUUCUUUACCGAAUCACUGCCCCCGGACCAAUUAUGGGUGAUUUGGCAAUCCAAAUAAGCCAACGUCCAACAAUUUUCUCUACCGCUCGGCUUCAGUUGCAAAUAGGCUAUUUGCUUUCGAAAGUUGAUUUAACCUGA